UUCUAGAUGCUCCGUCUCGCUUGGCUGCGUUGCGAUUUCUGCUGCAUCAGCACUUUAAAUCGACCGUCCUUGUCUUGCCGCCUGGAGGAAUGAAAAGAAGCACACAUGGCUUGCCUGUUGGAGAUCGAGCAGCAGUAACGGGAAGCAGUUAUCAUUCCACGGUGGUGACAAAAUUUCUCUUUGCCCUUUGGCCAGAAUAAGUUGCGUUCAUUUCGGUUACAGUAUCGAUACAGUGUGUUCUAGAUGGGGAACAAGAGGAGAAAAUGGCAAAAUGGUUUUGCUGUGAUUGGGGAGUUUGAAAUAAAAAGUGAACCAAAAAUGCCGACAAAGUCUGAGCAAUCAAGCAGCGGAUCCGGUGAUAAAAAGGUUCAGUCUCCAUCGUAUGCUGAGCUGGAGGCAAAGUUAUCGAAAAUGCAGAUACAGCAGGAUGCGAUGGCCAAACAACUAAAGGAUUACGCAGCGCUUCCGAUCGUUCAAAACUCGGUCGAAUAUCAGCAGCUAAAGUCUUUGGCAUCAUACAUUCCUUUGUUUAAAUACUGCAAGCAUCAGGAGACCUUCGAUGAGUGGUAUUUUAAGUACGAUUUGAUCUUCAAAAAAGACACUACGUCAUUGAACGACCGGGCAAAGGUGCAGCUACUGCUGACGAGAUUAGGCGAAUCGGAGCAUCAAACAUUUGUAAAAAGCAUCGAACCCAAGCAAGUGGCUGAUCUGACCUUCUGCGAAAUGAUCGGUAAACAUAUGUCGCUCUUCGCUAAAACCAAAUCACGCACCACUCGUCGAUUGCAGUUUCUCCAGAUACAGCAAAAGGAGAACGAAGAUUCAUUCAGCUAUAGUCAGAGGAUAGAUAAAGCAGCUUGUGCUGCCGAAAUGGAUGCGAUUGAUGAAGAAACGAUGAAAUGCUUAGCAUUUAUCUCUGGACUACAGUCGGCAAACCAAGCGGAUCUGCGCAAACGUUUGAUCGAGAAAAUGGACAAAUCCAUUACUUCGCUUACCCUCAAGGAUCUGAAGGAAAUGAAGGUCGUUUCUAAAGUGUUGGAAAAGAAACCGAAAAGGCCACCACAUGGUGCACCAUGGGAAGCUGUCCAUGUUGGCUAUUUGAAAGCGUUGGGCCAAUGCUUCGUUGUGGUGCUGGAUGAAUAUUCGCAAUGGCCAGAGAUAAUUCCAGCGGCCGAUUUUUCGGCACAAUCUUGUAUUGAUUGCAUAGAUGAUGUUUUCGUAGAGCAUGGUUUGCCGCAAACAAUCGUCACCAAUGAUUCAAACCAAUUUUUCAGCGGCCGAUUUCAGUCAUACUGCUACGAGAACGGAAUCAAUCAUUGGAAUUACUCGGACUAUCAGGAUUUUUACUAUCAAUUCAUAGAUUAUUUUAAAGCAUUCGUUUCGGUGAAUUCAAUCGCCUCGGAUUAUGAUAAUGCGAGUUACAUGGUGAAAUGCUUUCUUUCGCAUUUUAGAGACAUGCCACUAGGUACAGCUCCCGGAGGUCCAACGCCAGCUGAAUUGAUGUUUGGAUAUCGUAUUUAUUGCAAAUAUUCCAAUUGUUUCGAGAUUCCAUGUGGUUAUUAUUAGUUAUAUGUUUUUUCACUCAACAUCCUUUGCUCGCUUAAUCAAUUAUAAAACAUGUUUUAAUACACACAAGGGCGUGUAAGCCGUAUGCAUACCUAUGCUAUUUUUUCUUUCAAUGAAUUC